AUGACCACGAUUAAUUUUUCCCUCCUUUGGUUCUUCGUCCGAUUUGGUUUCAUUGACAAUGGUCAAGAUGCUUUGAGUGUCUUCAUGGGAUUGACAAGCUUCAAUAGUCAGUGGACUAUCACCCAGGUAGGCAUGGGUGUCACAGGGACCAUCAGUACCAUCAUCUCUGAUGGGACUCUGGAGGAAUUAAGGCAGGUCGUCGUAGAGUCAGCUGCACUGUACUCCGCUGCAUUGAUCAUCUACAUCACCUUCAUCUCACAUAAUACGCUGGGCACUUAUCUCGAUGUUAUCAUGAGCUCGAUUAAAGGUAUUUCCCCCACUCUUAUUGUUGGUCGUGUCACCACUGGGCAGAGGCUAUAG